GGGUCCGUCCGGCUGCAGCGGCUCGCCAGAGGAUACGCUACUACGGCGCGGACACCUGUCUCCCCCGCAGCAUCCGCCGUCGCGCCGCCGCCGCCGUCACCGUCGCCGUCACCGCCGCUGUCACCGUCAUCGUCGCGUUCUCAAAGUCACCAGCUGUCACGCCGCGACUCGCCGCAUGGUGCUCAUGCAGCGUGCACGACAGUACCGCGUAACGCGCGAUUAAAGGACCGGUGGUCGAUGGUGCGGCGGUCGAGAGAUCCGCGGCGAAUCGAAGAGCCCUCCCGUUCGUCGACGGGAAAAGGCCGCCGGCGGCCUGUCCCGGGUACGGGCGAGGGUGGUGAGGGUGCGAGGGUGACACGCGGCACGCACGCAGUGUACAAGUGGGUAGUAACGUUUGAGUGAAUUAUAUCGAGGAGAGCGAGGGAGGGAAAAAAGUGCGCGAUCGACCGAGACGACGGAGAUACCAUCGACAUUCGUGGUGGAAGGGUGGCGGAUGCACCGCGGAGGCGGAAGUGCCGGAGGCGCAGCCGGGGGUGGUAUCGUCGGUGGUGCCGGCGGAAAUCACCGUGCCCUCGAGUUGGAGCAUCCGUCGGCGAUGCCGGGCGCACCUGGUUUCCAUUGGGGGGCCAUGCUCGCGGGUCACCAUGCGGCCGCCGCCGCGGGUAUGAUGCAGCCCCCCAUGUCGGCGGGAGGCGAGUACGUGCCCGCCGCGGCGCAUCACGGACCCGCUCAUCCCGCGAUGCCCAUGGACUUGCACGUUCAUCAAGGAUUCCCCUAUUUCCCUACCAGAUAUCGAGAUGACGCGCUCUGCUGGACAGAGAGGAAACCGUCCAUGGACGACGUCGGAAAUCCUACCUCCGUCAACGCACGAUUUGAGGAGAGGCACUACGCUUUCGAAAGCAUCUUGGAGUUGCGCAAGGAGAAGAGCCGGGACGCGGCGAGGUCGCGACGGGGUAAAGAGAACUUUGAGUUCUACGAGCUCGCGAAAAUGCUUCCUCUACCGGCGGCCAUUACCUCCCAGCUGGAUAAAGCCUCCAUAAUAAGACUAACGAUCUCGUAUCUCAAACUCCGCGAUUUCUCCAGUCACGGCGAUCCGCCGUGGUCCCGCGACGGUCCACCGCCCAGCAAAUCUGUCAAAGGUGCUAAUCGAGUCAGAGCAUCGUCAAAUGCAGCAAUAGAUCAUUUCGAAAUUCAUCAAGGUACACACAUAUUACAGUCCCUGGACGGCUUCGCGAUGGCUGUCGCUGCUGAUGGCAGAUUCCUGUACAUAUCCGAGACCGUUUCGAUAUAUCUUGGGCUCUCACAGGUAGAAAUGACGGGGUCGAGUGUUUUCGAUUACGUCCAUCAGCAAGAUCACGCCGAGGUCGCCGAGCAGCUUGGCCUGUUACUCGCGACGUCGACGAACACCUCGGGACCGCAUUCAUCGAACUCGGGUCUAGCCUCGCCGAGUAGCGGCGCGUCGGAAGACCAUGGUUCGUCCUCUACCGCAAAUCCCGACGUGGCCUCGGUAAUGGCGCUAACGCCGACCGGACUCUACAAGGGAUACGAUCGAGCGUUUUGCGUCAGGAUGAAAUCCACUCUGACGAAGAGGGGAUGUCAUUUCAAAUCGUCGGGUUAUCGGGUUGUAUUGUUGCUGUGUCGUUUGAGGCCACAGUUUGUAUUUAGCCAUACGAGAAAGUCCGCGCCACCCUUGAUGGGCAUGAUCGGGCUUGCCAUUGCGCUUCCACCGCCAAGUGUACACGAAAUUCGCCUCGAGACCGACAUGUUUGUCACACGAAUCAAUUUCGACUUUCGGAUAGCGCACUGCGAACCAAAGGUUUCCGAUUUGUUGGACUACACGGCUGAUGAAUUAACGGGGAAGAAUCUCUACGCGCUGUGCCACGGCGAGGACGCGAAUCGUCUGCGAAGGUCUCACGUAGAUCUGAUCCAUAAAGGACAAGUACUAACGCAUUACUAUCGACUGAUGAACAAGAGCGGUGGAUACACGUGGUUGCAGACUUGCGCUACCGUUGUGUGUAAUUCGAAAAAUGCCGAGGAGCAAAAUAUCAUUUGCGUCAAUUAUGUCAUAAGCGGUCGAGAAUACGAAAACUUAAUUAUGGACUGCUGUCAGUUGGAGGACGGCGUCACCGGCGUCAAGAGGGAAGAUACAGCCGGAAAUGAUCCGGAGAACGGAUCGCCGGACGCUGACAGAGGAGAGGGUCGUAGUCGAGGCGGCCCUACGAAUCAGCAUCAGGAGCAAUCGCAUCGGUCGCCACCCGAGGAGCGAGAGGAGAGCCACGCGUCGGAAAGCGAGAAGCGUGGUAGCCGGCAUCACGACAAUAUAGCCCAGUUGCAGCAGCAGGAGUCAUCGCAGACGGCCGUCGGGAAUAUUAGCACACUCGUGGUGAGACUACGCGGUCAUAAGCGGAAAAUCCAGGACGAUGACAGCAGUUCUAACGAGGAGGAGGAGGACGAGGAGGAAGCGACGGCGGUUAAGGAGUCGAACAGCGAGAGAGCGACUCGGACCCUCAGCCCCAGCGCGACGUCCACGCACUCGAUCUCGACGACUGAACAGACUCUCUGCUCGACUAGCCCAAAAUCCCGUCGCACCGAUAGCGGCAGGAUGGAUAACGGGGCCGAGAGUACCUCGGGAACCUCGGUCAAGGAUUUGGAGCAGGCUAUGUCGAAGCAUUUGCCAGGUAGUUCGUUGAACAAGUCCAAUUCCCCGGCAACCCUCCAUCACCAACCGACGGACUUUAGUACGGAUGCAUUGCUGAAGCAGCAACAGCAACGUAGCACGAUACAGUGGAUCGGUGCGCAUCAUCAUCUGGGUCAUCUGAGUCCCCAGCAAUCCGCGGCGGCGGCGGCGGCCGCGCCCUUACCCGCCUCCGCGCUCCUCAGGCAGCUUUACGCGGCCAACCGGGAGAGCGUGAUACGCGCCAACGUGCACGGGAUCACGUCAAGCAGCGGUACGCGGACACCCGCAUCGACUGGUAUCUAUUACCCUGGCGAGACAGCUCCUAACGGACCGCUGCCCACACCGCCAGGUUCCGAAGGCUCCAGUACGUACGGUGAACAUCAAUUCGUGCUCGCCGCGCACAAUCAAAAAGGAUCCAACGGUACCAGCUGUGCCGAUGCUUUCACCAGUCUCGUUUCGUCGUAUACGUCCGCCACUGCGGCUGGCUACCCGGUAGACUAUCAUUCGGCGAUGACGCCGCCGUCGUCGGUAUCGCCACGGGACAAACAACAACAGCAGCAGCAACAGCAACAGCAGCAGCAACAACAACAACAACAGCUGCAUUCCGUGAACGUAAUAAAUAGCUACGAGAACUCGUCAGCGUAUACGGAUCCAGUUCUCCGUCAUCAAUACGAACCAGCCCAGCCGUUACCUUUGAAACCUCAAGUGUACUCGGCCACUGUUCAUCCGAGUGCCUUAGAUGCCGCAGCGGCGUAUGCCUCGGCGGGCCUGACGGAGCAGCCACAAUUCUAUCAUCAUCCGGCUGGUAGCGCCGGCUUCCAUAUCUACCAUCCGGGCAACAAAUCGACGACAAACGGCUGGUACACCUCGGCGUCCUAGUGGCCCCACUCGUAGAUUGUACGCGGAACGCGUGUACUUAAGCAACUGUAAUUAAAUCCAAAGUCCUCUCCCUCAGUGCAUAUCAGUGAUACGCUAUCUCGUCGCUAUCGCGAUCGUCGGCCAGCGAUCCUCGUUUCGUCGUUCGGGACCGGGAGAAGGUUCAAUUUCUCGCCGAUCCUCUCUCUCGACUCUGCGCCGCGCGUCCUGAUGCGUCGACCGCGCUGUAACAAUCGCUCUCUUCUCCAUUAUGUGUAGAACGAUUUAUUGUAAUAUAAUGAAUAAAUUAUUAUAUAUAUGUUGACUUCUCUCGGAGGUAUCUGCAUAUAUAAAGCAUGAAGCCAACCGAAACUCAUGCGUGUUCACCGUGCGUGUUCGAAGUGAUUUAACGCGACGCUCAAGGAGAUCGCAAUAUGUCUAAGAUUCGCGAUUUAUUAUAUAUGAUAUACAGAAUGUCCUAUUUUAAAUGAUGCACACGAAUAUCGUCAAAAUUAUUGAUAAUAUCGAAAAAUGUUUCAAAUAAAUAUAAAAACAUAUAUGAUUAAUACAAAAGGGAUUCCAUUAAAAAAAAGGAAAAAAAACAAAGUUUAUCUUCAUAUCAUUUCCACCCAACUUUUGUUUGAAACAUUUUUAAUAUUAUCAAUAUUUUCAAAGAUAUUCGUCAUUUGAAAUGUAUGGAACAAUCUGUAUAUUGUUAGACAACGAGAAAAUAACUUCGUCUUUUCGCAUCGCGUUAGGUAUUAUUAAUCGAGCGCAAUUAAUCGCCGCUCGAGCGCGGUGCUUGGAAUAUGUUGUAUCGUAAUAUUUCUUUGCGCGGAUGAUUCUCUUCAUCGAAGGUGAAUCGGUACAAAAUCCUUACACGCUCUAAAGUUCAUUCAAUUCAGUGAAAAAAAAUAUUGACGAAAUUUAUCUCGGUAUAGUAUGAGGCGUGUUGGAGAAAUAGCACGAUGUAUGUACUUGAGAGAAAUCGCUAUCUCUAUCGAUGUGCGCGAACUGUUUUCAAAUCAAUAUUUAAUUUGUUACUUAAAUGAAUAUUUAAUUUGUUACUUAAAUUUUUUAUUCCAAGUCCGACUGAUCUACUCCAGACAAUUUGUUGUUAUACGUUUCUUGUUUUAAAUUUUAUACAAUUUACGAAAAAGUUACCAACGAUUUUUCGGAUCAACUUUUCGAACUUUAUAUUAGAGAUUUUUUGUACGAAUUAUUGCACGGCUCGCAAGUUUAAUUAUAUCCAGUUUUAUCGAUCGUGGGAUAGAAAACUGGCAAAUAUCAGUCAGAUGAAAGACUGGCACAUACGUGAAAGAAUAAAACACGAUAUUUACAUAUAGUUGUGUUAUAAUCAUGAUGUUGGAAGCACACAACAGAGCAAUUUGGAACACGAGUGAUAUUAAAAAUAGACACUUUUUAUUAAAAUACGUACUGAGAUUCUUUACUUAUUAAGGACAAGAGAUAUUUGUAUGUAUAUUUAUAGAGAGAUUGCUCUUAACUAUAUUACUUUUUCUAGGUAUAGAUUAGACAAAAAUGUUAGAUAUCGAGAGACACGUAUCGUGUAAACGCGAGAUGAGUCAACAUUGCGCUCUAGAGGUAGCGAAUUCUUUUACGAAGGUUAUUGUAUUUUAAUGUUUAACAUUUCGACCAGUUGUUUUUGACAAGUACACGUGUAAAUACA